UUCCAUAGAAAAUCCUAAAUCCUCUCUCUGUCUCUGUCUCUCUCUCUCUCCCCGCGAUCUCCGAUCCGAUUCCUCCGCCGGAGCGGCGCGCGCACCGUCGCAAUGGACGUCAUGCGCCACUGCUCCUCCUUCCUCCUCCCGGCCACCUCCACCGCCGCCGACAGCGACGGCGUCGGCGGCACGGCGGCGCCCCCUCCGGCUUACGCGCUCGUCUUGCUCAACCAGCGGCUCCCGCGGUUCGCUCCCCUGCUCUGGCAGCACGCGCAGGUACGUAUGUGCGCGGACGGGGGCGCGAACCGCGUGUACGACGAAAUGCCCGACUUGUUCCCGGACGAGGACGCUUCCGCUAUCAGAAACAGGUACAAACCUGAAGCCAUAAGAGGAGAUAUGGAUUCGAUUCGGCCAGAAGUAAUGGAUUUUUACAGAACGCUGGGAACAAAAAUUUUAGAUGAAUCUCAUGAUCAAGACACUACCGAUCUUCACAAGUGUGUGUCAUACAUCCGUGAUUCUACACCUGAGCUAAAUAAUUCUAAUCUUUGUAUUCUUGUUGCUGGAGCACUUGGUGGACGAUUUGACCAUGAGAUUGGAAACAUUAAUGUGCUAUGUCGUUUCUCAGACACGCGAAUUAUCCUUAUUUCGGAUGAUUGCCUAAUACAAUUGCUUCCGAGGACUCACCGUCAUGAGAUUCAUAUUUUAUCAUCUGUUGAGGGUCCACAUUGUGGACUCAUUCCUAUCGGGAUGCCUUCCAAAAGUACUACAACAACAGGUCUCAAGUGGGAUCUCGCUGACACUGAGAUGAAGUUUGGUGGCUUAAUAAGCACAUCCAACAUUGCCAAAGAGGAGACAGUUACCGUUCGUUCUGAUUCAGAUCUUCUUUGGACAAUAUCCAUUAAAAAGCCUGGAUUUGCCUCUCAGCAUGAGGUGCACAAGAAAUCUAUCUAGCAUUCAGAUUCACGCACUUGGUGAAAUCAUGGCGGGUUUUAUUUGGUCUAUAGCAUAGCAAGAUUGAACUUCUCAUCUUCUCGUCUGAAGUUUGAUUUAGUUCGAUGUAUAUUGUAAAAUUCACAUGCUCCCUUGUGAAUUCAAAUAAGAUGAGGCAGUUUAUUUAUUUGGACUCUGUA